AUGCAUCAUCUUAAACCAGCUCACUAUGUUAGAACCUUUACCAAGUACCAUCACAGAAGAACCAUACAAUGGAACAAUUUACAGGAUCUAACUGACGACUGGCCAACACAAGACCAUCCCAAGGUCAUAGGUAAACGAAGUUUAGAUGCUCUUAAUUCCAACGAAUUACUUGGUACAUCUGAUCAUUUGGAUAACAUAAAUCAUAUAACAUCUGAUUCCGUUAGAGGCAACUUUGUUGGGUCAAUAGAAAAGAAAGCUCUGAGUUAUGGUAAAGAGGAUUUAAGUGCUCAAAAUGCAGUGUCUAAUGAAAUAAAGCAGUACAAAGUGAAGGCAGCUAUAAUAGUAACAGAUGCUCCAACUACAACUGGACCUACAAUAUCAUGCCUACACAAGAUACACAGUGUUGCAAUGAGUGUAACUCCAUCGUAUGAUGAAGAAAGAAAUGCCCAAUUAAUGGUUGAAAAUGAAAUCUAUGAUACGGGCUCCCUGUCUGAAACAACAUUACCUAAUGGUGAAGUGGUUCAGGUGGAACAGUGCACAGAUCCACAUGCUUAUUGUUACACACUGUGGCACCAAGAUCAUGAUGGCAAUAUCACAGUGUUAGGUCAAGGUUGUUGGCGGUCAUCACAGAGAAAUUGUGACAAUAAGUGUACAAGGGUAACAGCACGCCUACCAGGCAGCAAAUUCUGUUGUUGUACAAAUAGCUUCUGUAAUGCUGACUUCACAUCCCUCAAAGAAGAAACGGUAACUGUAAAAGCUGAGUCUACCAUGAGCAGUUCCUCUCAACGUCCUAAGUAUCCAAGUAUUAUUGCUUCAGCCAUCUUAGCAUUAGUCUCCGUAUUGGUAAUUGCUAUCAUGUGUCGAAACUUGUACUGUAGGAAGAUGGCAUUGGUAAAGGAUGAUUUGAGUGACGUCGGUGAUGUUGAGAAAGGAGACAUCAUGGGUAGUGGACCUGAUGCGCUAGCUACUGGACUGCUAUGUGUCGAUAAUCUAACUCUUAUAGAGCACAUUGGUCAGGGUAAAUUUGGCUCGGUCUGGCGUGGAACGCUAGGCGCAACACCAGUAGCGGUCAAACUCUACCACAAUGCCAAUGCCUGGCAGAAAGAAGCCACGAUAUACGGAUUGCCUCAUCUCGCGCAUCCCAACCUAUUGCGAUACUAUGGCAGCGACGCGCGGCCGACGAUGACGGAGGGCGCGCCCCGCGAGCACUUGCUGGUGCUCGAGCUGUGCGCGUGCACGUUGCGCGCCCGGCUCGAGCGCGACCCCUUGACUUGGCUCGAGUUCGCGACGCUGGCGCACGGCCUCGCCGCCGCCCUCGCCCACCUGCACACCGCCGCGGGCGGCAAGCCGUGCGUGGUGCACCGCGACGUGAACAGCAACAACGUGCUGGUGGCGGCGGACGGGCGCGCGCGGCUCGCGGACCUCGGCCUGGCGCAGCCGCUGCCGCCGCGACGGGAUCGGACCGCGCCGAGCCGCAUUACGGAGGCUGGGACCCUGCGAUACCUGUCUCCGGAGGCUUUGGAGGGUGCUCUGGACCUGAGCGGGGCGCGGGCCGCUCUGUGCGCAGUGGACGUGUUCGCGCUGGCGCUGGUGCUGUGGGAGAUGCUGUGGCGCUGCGCCGGAGCCCAUCCGCGACGCGCCCCUCCCUACGCGCCGCCCUACCACCACCUGGGCCUCCCGCCGCAGCCCACACUAGCGCAGAUGCAGAGUCUUGUUUCCCGUAACAAAGCGAGACCGCCUCUUCCCAAAGGACCUGUACCUGAAGCCCGUGCUUUAAAGAUCGCAACAGACACAUGCGAUGAAUGUUGGGAUCACGACGCAGAAGCCAGAUUAACUGCUGUAUGCGUAGAGGAACGAAUGGCCGAACUGAAAAUGAUGUUGCUCGUCCAAGGACCUAUUAUACACGAUAAUAACUUGCAUCCCCAUCUCACCGAUGUCCACCUGCCCUCGCCGUCAGACGUGGACAAGAACUCGAACUGCACAUCGGGCCAGCAGAACGGGGAGGCGAGCACACCGCUGCUCUACCCUCAGCCGCACAUCGGGCGGAACGCGUGCAUAGAGCGCAACACGCACACUAACACGCAGACGCACACCGUCGAGCUCAUACACAAGAGCCUCAAGGACAUCAGCGCCAAGGAGGCGCCCAGGGCGCGGAACGUCGAGGAGAACUGCCUCUCCGUAGCGCGAGUCAGCAACAGCCGCCACUUCGGCCAGGAGAACUCGGACAGGCUGAACGAGAUACGCUCCUACCAGAGGCCGCUGGAGUACGUGCCGAACGACGUGAGCUGCCACGAGGUGGACAGGGGCCCGAAGCAGACGAACCUGCUGCACGAGCUGAAAGCAGACAAGCCCAAGUGGGCGAUAAGGAAGUUCUUCGAGCGCAAGCUGUGCAGGGCUCCCAAGGCUCUGGAGACCGAGGUGAAACUGGUCGCCGAGGGGUCGUCGAACGGCGCGCCGCAGAAUGGCAGAACGAGGACGUCGCUCAUCGAGAAACCCAGCAACGUCGCCAGCGAUAGGCCGACCAAUCUAGUCCUCGGUCAAGGCAGCUCGUACAACUUCGAGGUGCCGUGCACUCUUUCGCCGCCCAACAGGACCUUGUCGCCUACCAUGAUGAUGGAGUCGGAGAACAGGUCCGACCGCGUGUUCAAAGAGCUGCCGUCGCGCGACGACAAAGAGCCGCGGAGCCAAAUAUUCGCCGUGAUAGUACCGAAAGCGAAGCCCGCCGAAUUCGCGAACCCGGGCAAAACGUCCCGGGGCAGCACCGAGAGCCUGAACAAAAACUCGAUCCGCACCUCCGUCUCGUCGCAGAGCAACUUCAAGGUGGGCCACUCGGAGUCCGAGGACUCGACCGCGAAGCUGCGCCUGAGCAGCGAGAACAGGAUCAUAUCCAACUCUUCGAACAGCGGGCGCUCUUCUAGAGCGAGUAUAAACCUCGAGCUUCAGUACAUCGACACGAGCCGCCCCGAGCGGCGCGACAGCCCGUUCGACCUGAACUCAGACCUGUCCAGCAGCGAAGACGAGCACCUAAUGCUGCUCUCCGAGAACGGCGGCUCCAAGAUAACCAUGCAGACCGUCCCCAGGCUCGAGGCGGAGAAGAAACGCGCCCAGAACGAGGUCCUGAAGGAGGCGAGCCACGCGAAGAGCGACUUCGGCUUCAACAAGUGCCACAACAAGUACUCGAACUUCGACAACGAGUUCAGCGACCCGAACGACAAGGAGAACGCGGUGAACGGCUACAGCGGCGACAACCCCGUGUACCUCGCCGCCCUGAACGGCGAGAUAGACACGGCGGACCUGAAGUUCCUGGCGCCACCCGCCGGCGAGGCCGACCAGGGACCGAAAUCCCCGAAGCCGUCUCUGAAGUCGCUGUCGAUCAAGCGGCAGCACUCGCUGGAGCACGUCAGCGAAAUCUUCUCCUCGUCCGGUAGCGUGAACCUGCAGAACCCUGCGGGCAGGGUCAAAACGCCAGGGGACCUGCCGGUGGCCGUGAGGAGGGCCCGCAGAGACAGGGCCCUCCAGAAGGGCAGGGCCAGCGAGUGCAACAGACUGAGCCUGUACGACGACAGAAUGAUGUUCGGUAAUAGUUUG